AAAAACUGACAAAACCCUAUUUUCAUUUUUCUCGUCUAUAAGCCGCGCUUCAGAAGUCCCGUUCAAUCCAAGUAUCUAACAAUGACAACCCGUUUCAAGAAGAAUCGUAAGAAGCGCGGCCACGUGAGCGCCGGUCAUGGCCGUAUCGGCAAGCACCGCAAGCACCCUGGGGGUCGAGGAAACGCCGGAGGUAUGCACCACCACCGGAUCCUCUUCGACAAGUAUCACCCUGGGUAUUUCGGGAAAGUGGGUAUGAGGUACUUCCACAAACUCUGCAACAAGUUUUACUGCCCCAUCGUCAACGUCGACAAGCUUUGGUCUCUCGUUCCACAAGACGUGAAGGCAAAGGCCAACAAGGAUUCGGCGCCGAUGAUCGACGUGACCCAGUUCGGGUACUUUAAGGUCUUGGGAAAAGGUGUGCUGCCCCAGAAUCAACCGAUGGUGGUUAAGGCUAAGUUAGUAUCUAAGACUGCUGAGAAGAAGAUUAAGGAGGCUGGUGGGGCGGUUGUUCUCACUGCCUAGGUUAGGGUUUUUGCUUUUGGAUCUCUUAUAUUAUCAUCUAGGACUUAAUUUUUUAAAUGAGAUUUUACCAUAACAUUCUUAAUUUUGCUUCAACAAUAUAUGGUAUGGUGUUUAUUUA